AUGGAAAGAUGGAUAGAAGUCGCAACUCAAGGCCCACAUGUCAACUCCUCCCCAGGCUACUCUGAUGAACCCAGAACACGAGCUGCAGGUUCAUAUUGGAGCCCAUCUUUCGAUACGAGAUUUUUCACAGAUGGAGUGAACAAUCAAGGUAGUCACACUCAAGUGUACUACCUAGGUGGCGGAGGACGCCAGGCACCUUCACCCCUUUCAAGUGCACGACCACCAGUAGAGCCGCCCUUGAACUCUUUGGCGGUGGGCUCCUAG